UGGUGGACCUACGCUAUAAACAGGAAGGUCAGAGAGAAAAAUAAAGCACUCCCCUGGUGCCGAAGACUACAACGCCACAACUGAAAGGGCUUAUUUGAGGGCGUAAGGCUGCGGCUGUUCCACUGGCAGUUGCCUUCACACUGACUUCACGUGAGUGACAAAUAAGAGAGUCAAAUAACCACUUGCUGUGAAGCGCCUGCCUUGAAGAUCACUCAGCAUUCAGGUGAAGGAAGGAGGUGUAAAAUCCUAUCAUUAGUUCCAAACAACAAGCUUUGUUCUUGUUCUCUGGUGGAGGGACAGAAAGUUUUCGCCUGAAUAAAUUAUCUUCAUAGAAAGCAAAUCUCAGAGAUCAUCUAUAACCAGCGACAAAGAAGGAAGGACAGUGGCUGUUGAGCUUGUGUUUGAGGAAGAGCAGCCAGUGAUAACAGGGAGUUGCUGUCUGACAAGAUCGUGCUUGUGUGCAAAGGUGUAAAGAUGAGAGAGAUCAUCAGCCUUCUUCUGGCUCCAUACUUGGUUUUGGGGGUUGGAAAUAUUCGAGAGACCAUCCCAAUGCAGACCCUACAGUGUUAUAAUGACUACAUAUCUCUAACAACUUGCACAUGGAUGGAGUGUUCAGAAGCUCAUGAACUCCUGAAUGUGACUCUAAACUUCAACAACAGCAGUGAAAAGAAAAAAGAAACGACCUGCAGAUCCCACAAAGGUAUAAACCAUGCUGACUGCCAGAACUUCACAAUGCACUGUGUGUGUCACAUCCAUGGAUAUGAUCAAAGAGUCUACAAUUUCAAAUUUGACUUGGUACUGCAUGCAGAGCUAAAUGUCUACUUGUUUCAGAAUGUCCAGACCCUUCCACCUCAAGACCUCUCAGUUCAGCCCCUCCCACCACAAAACCUCUCAGUCAGCUUGAUGAGAUCAGGAGACUUCGUGCUGACUUGGGAAGCAGCUGAUAGAAGCCAAGGUCUGGGCAACGCACUGGAGUAUGAAGUCACUUACAAGCGUCAGUGGGAGUCCUGGGAGAAAGCUGCCUCGGUCUUGCUCUCCAACACCACACGCUGCCAUCUCAGCCAUGAGGAUCUUGUCCCAGGGAGCAGCUACAUUGCCCGUGUGCGAGCCAAACCGUGGUUGGACAGUGGCUUCUCUGGCCAAUACAGCGACUGGAGCACAGAAGUGUUGUGGGAGACCCCUGGAGGCGGCCUUCAGCCCAGGAACCUUCGCUGCCUCUUCAAUGGUGCAGAUCGUCUGAUGUGCAGCUGGGAAGUGAAGAAAGCGAUCACCACCUCUGUCCUCUUUGGCUUGUUCUUCAGGGCCACCCCAGCAUCAGCAGAAGAGGAGUGCUCUCCUGUGCAUGAGAGGGCUUUGCCCCACACCCCACAUGUGGUCCAGAGCUGUGAGAUUCCUGUUACCAACUCCAGCAGUCAGAGCCACUACCAUGUGUCCGUCCGGGCCAAGACGGAAGAGAAAGUGAUUGAAGCCUACAAGAACAUUAAGGUGCUGCCACCUGCAAAUGUGUCAGUAACAGUGACAGAGAACCAAGAGUAUGAACUGAGAUGGAUAAAACACAACUUGCAAUUUGGCUUUAUAAAACAGAGAUACCAAGUUGAGUACUGGAAAAACAACCAAUAUGAAAAGACUCUCCAAAAGUUAAAUAUCAGCAAUGAUGAACCUCCUUUCAUCUUCACCCUGCAGACGCUUGAUUCAUCUACAGAAUAUAAGGGAAAAAUGCGUGCAAGCGUGAAUACUCCAUACUAUGAGGGGCCUUGGAGUGAAUGGAGUGAGGAGUUCACCUGGAAGACCGAGAAUGUUCUGCCACCAGCGGUUCUCCCAGUGGUGUUCCCAGGUGUCAUCAUCACUUUGCUAAUAGUUUCUUAUUGCAGCUAUAAGUAUUUCCUCAGGAAGAAGCAAGUAUGGGAGGAAAAUAUUCCAAACCCCAGCAAGAGUGUCCUGAUCCAGAGCUACCUGGGGGAAUCUGUCAACCAGCAGCCAGCCAGACAGGUGAGCUUCAAAGAGGAGAAUGCUUCUGAGGAGGUGGAGCAAAUUAACUGCCUUCACAUGCUGGAUGGGAUGACUGAGAGUCCAGCAGAAUUCCACGGAGCUGAAGCAAAGAGAGUGCAGGUCUCCCACGCUUCACAAAAAUCCUCUAAGACUGCUGGAGUGCCACAUAAAGCCUCACAUUCAUUGUCCACACUUGCUUGCCCAUUGAAUCAGACUGCUGGUCCAUCCUGCUUGUUUGCCAGGCUUCCAUGCAAGAGUACUGCUCAUGCAAGUGUUGCUUCCCAGACUUGCUUUGCUUUCAAUGGCCCAUAUUUGUAUAACUCAAUGGUGUCCUCUCAGCCUGAUAUACAUCACACCUUGGCAGCAGACCCAGUGGGAAUCUCUGAGAAAUCAGUUUCCCUUCAGUAUGUGAACCUCCCAAAGGAAGACAAUCCUCAGGCUCCACAGAGGCAAGAACAUCCAGGAGCAGGUCCUCCAAAGCUCUUCCUGCUCCCAGAUGAGAAACACACCAUGCAGCACCUCAACAAUGAGAGAGAAGUCUCACCAGCCUCACCAGCCUAUGGGUAAGGCAUGAGUGCGAGAAGAGAAGAGCAGAAAUCUCCAGCAGCUCUUAGCUGCCCCUUGGAAUUCAUCACAACAGAGAGCUUGCUACUGCCCUCAGCCAGCAACUCCACCCAUCUGUCACUUGUCACUGCUGGGGACCUACCUUGUGACUCACAGGAGCCCCAGCCUCCCAAUGACCACCCUUGCCAUGAGUUUUGUCCUGGGAAAACCGAUGUCAUUGUCCCAGUUUUAGGUCAAGAAUCAACCUCUUCAGAAUUGCACAUGGAUGUGUUUGGAGACCCUGCAGGUCUCUAUGGAUCUUUAAAACCCACAGAAAUGUCCUUACAUGUUUCUUGAAAAGGAAUAUUUUUUUUUUCCCAAGAACCUGUGUUGGAGAACAAUGGAGUCUUAUUUAAUCCUGGCAACAUCAUAACUUUUUUCCUCCGCUAUGGGCAAUUGCUACCCUGUCCCUAAUCUAAAACCCAGAAAGAAGGUGCAGAUGAGUCAGAAAGAUCCCCAAGUGUAUUUGGUUUAUGUGGAAAAGUUUUGGUAGCAGGGAGGCUACAGAGGUGGCUUCUGUGAGAUGCUAGAAGCUUCCACCAUUUCCAAGAGAGCCAGUUCCAGCUAGCUCUAAGAUGGACCCACUGCUGGCCAAAGUUGAGCCAAUCAGUGAUGUUGCGAGCACCUUUGUGAUAACAUAUUUAAGAAGAGGUUAAAAAAUGGUCCACAAGAGCAUCUGAGUGAGAGGAGUGAGAGUAUGUGAGAGAAAUCAACUCUGCAGACACCGAGGUCAGUGAAGAAGGAGGAGACGAGGUGGUCCAGGAGCCAUAGCAGAGAUUCCACUGACAGUCUGUGGUGAAGACUGUGGUGAAGCAGCUUGUCUCCCUGUAGCUACAAUCUACAGUGGAGCAGAUAUCCACCUGCAGACUGUGGAGGACCCCAUGCUGGAGCAGGGUCCUGCCAGAACCUGUGAACCCGUGGAGAGAGAAGUCCAUGCCAAAGGUUUUCUGGCAGGACUUACAACCUCAUGGGGAUCCAUGCUGGAGCAGUUAAUUCUUAAAGGACUGCAGCCCAUGGAAAAGACCCAUGUUGGAGCAGUUUGUGAAGAACCCACACUGAAGAAGUUCAUGAAAGACUCCAUGCAGGAGCAGAGGAAGAGUAUGAAGAGGAAGGAGUGGCAGAGACAAUGUGUGAUGAACUGACUGCAACCACUAUUCCCCAUUUCCCUGCCUUCCUUGUGGGGAGGAGGCAGAGAAAUCAGGAACGAUACUGAGCCUGAGAAGAAGCGGAGGAAGGUGUUUUAAGAUUUGUUUUUAUUUCUCAUUAUCCUACUCUGAUUUGAUUGGCAAUAAAUUAA